AUGAAAAAUAAAUUAAGAUAUUUGACAUCAUGUCAACGAAUAUCAACAGCAAAAAUAAAUGAUACUUCAAAUAUUCGUCAAUUAAUUUUACAUGAAAUUAAAACAAAAGAUAUAAUAUCAAAAGAUCAUUUUACCAAUCUACAAUCAUUAGAAAUAUGGAAAAUAUCGGAUGAUAUAACCUAUGAUCAAUUGAAUCGAUAUUUAAAUAUAUCAUCAAUUAAAAAUAUAGUAUUUAAAACUCGAAUUAAUUCAAAUUUAUUCUGUGAUAUUUUAAAAUAUAAUACAACACAAAUAUCAAUUGAAAUAGAUUAUAAUUAUCUAAUAGAAAUGUUAAGAAGAGCAACAUCCCAUAAUCGUCGUCAAAUCAUAGUUGAACUAAAAAAAAUUAAACAAUUAGGAAUUGAUUUUUGGUGCGUAAUGGAAUUAACAGAAAAACAAAUGAGAAAAAUAUGUUAUUUAUUUUCAAAUAUCGAACAAUUAAUUAUUAAAAGAGCAUUUAAAUCAAAUGAAUUGAUAUCAUUAUUAAUACGCAAAUUGAAACAUUUAUCUUUUUUGAGUAUAAAUUAUUCGAAAUUUGCAGCAUCAACAGAAACAAACAAUUCAGAUAUUCGACAAUGGUUAAUAGAUCAAUCAAGAACAAAAUUAAAUGAAAAUAAUUUUAUUUGUAAAUGGUCUGAAGAACAAUUUGAUUUAUGGAUCGAUUAA